GGUGCGGUGUAGUGCUGGAUAAAGGCAGAUGGAUUCAUGCUACCUGCAUGAGGUGGUGGUAGUAGCACAAGCCGAGACCUGUCGCGGUCACGCAAUCGCGGCGUGACCUGACCUCUACCGUCUUUCACUUACCUCCCUUGACCACCUUUAUCUUCCACCAGAAACUAGAGGUCCAACUUGAGAUAAUAAUCCUUCUAUCCCAUAUGAAUACCGCAGCUAGAUAAAAAGAGCGGCUUGCCGUUAAUGCCGUCGGCUAAAGCCUUCGCAUAAUUCAAGACUUCUGUCCCCGAUAAUGGUUCUUUCAGGCGGAAAUGUUGAGCAGAAGACAGUCGCGACUCAAUCACCUUCAGAUCGAGACCUGAUGGGUAUGCAACAUGCCAUCAACCAAGCUAUAAUUGGCUUUGCAGAGGGCGGCAUUCCCAUCGGAGCUGCCCUGAUAGACGACGAAAGCGGAGAAGUUAUCGCUGUUGGGCGUAACAGAAGGGUGCAGCAGAAUAGUGCUAUCAAGCAUGGUGAAACAGACUGCUUGGACGCUGCUGGACGCCUGCCGUCGAGUGUCUACUCCAAAUGUACAAUGUACACGACUCUAUCGCCUUGUCCGAUGUGCUCCGGCGCAUGCCUUCUUUUUGGCAUUCCACGAGUCGUCAUUGGUGAGAACACAACGUUCACCGGACCAGAAUCCUUUCUCAAAGAACGGGGAGUCGAAGUCAUCAACCUAGGGCUGGAGGAGCCUAGGAAGAUGAUGAAACAGUUUAUUCAGCAACAUCCGGAAAUUUGGAAUGAAGAUAUCGGAGAACCUACUGAAGCAUAAAUUCCACAGAGAAAGGUCAUUGCUAUUCUAAAGAAUCCUGUCAUUGGUCCAGAGAAAUCCAAUGGUCCAGUCAUGUCCAUCGUUUGCACACGAACAAGAAA